UUGAUGAUUUUGAAUGUUCCCAAAUAAUGGAAGUUUCUGGCAGAACUAGAGUGCCUCCUUUGAAAAGUCUUUGGUCUCGAAAACGCAAUGAUGUUUCAGGUCGUGAUGAUCAGAAAACAAGCAUUCUCAAGGGAACUUUCAUAGUGGUUCAGUACGAAGGCCAAUCAGCACCAGAAGGGAAAUCAGUUUCGGUUCAGAUAUGCAGUGGCACUGAAAUUGACCCGAAGACAGGGAAAGGGAAGGUGAGUGAUGUGGCUCAUCUUAAAGGUGGAAAGAGGAAGAAACAUGAACACAAAGAAACCCUAAUAACAUACAGAAUCAGAAUACGUGUUGACCUGAACUUUGGGACUCCAUUGGCUUUUCUGAUAAAAAACCAACACAAGAAGAACAGAUUCUAUCUUCAACAUACCUCCAUCGAAACUCCAACCAAUGGCAUCAUUCACUUCGAUUGCAAUUCUUGGAUUUACCCUUUCAAGAUCACCAAAUCUCAUCGGAUUUUCUUCUCCAACACUUGUUAUAUUCCACGAGAAACGCCAAGAGGACUGAUAGGGCUAAGGAAGGAAGAAAGUGAAAGGAUGAGAGGGAAUUAUGGAGAAUCAGGAGAGAGAAAGGAAUGGGACAGAAUAUAUGAUUAUGGAGUGUACAAUGAUCUUGGUGAUCCUCAAAAUCCCAGACCUGUGUUGGGUCGUUCCAGGUUGUUACCAUAUCCUCGCAGACUCAGAACAGGACGACAACGUGCUUCAUUAAGCUUGUCAAGUGAGAGCAGACCUGAAUCAAUACUUUGGAGCAUUUAUGUUCCAGCAGAUGAGAGAUGCAGCCCCAAGAAACUAAAGGAGCUGCAAUCAAAUGCAUUGCAAGCUUUUGUGCACUUCGUGAUUCCAGAAUUAAAGUCACUGCUUGAAGCAGAUUCUGAUGAUACCUUUGACUCAUUCGAAGAGAUUCUGAACCUUUUCUCUCCCAAUAGAGAUUGCAAGGUUGCAGGAAGUUUCAAAGACAAAAUAAAGGAUACACUUGUUACUGAGAUCGCCAAUGCUAUCAUUCACCAUGCUUCCCACAAGAGUACUGUGCGUUAUCCUCUUCCUCAAAUCAUAUCUGAAAAUGAAUGGGCUUGGAUGGAUGAUAUGGAAUUUGCAAGACAAAUGCUUGCAGGAAUUCACCCAUUGAGAAUCCAAUGCUUGGAGAGAUUCCCACCUCAAAGCAAAAAUGGAGUGAAUAGUUCAAUAGAAGCCGCACACAUAGAACACAACCUUGAAGGAUUGACAUUACCGCAGGCACUGCAAGAGAGGAGAAUACUCAUACUGGACCAUCAUGACUAUCUCCUUCCAUUCCUAGACAGAAUCAACACAAAUGGAGUCUGUGCCUAUGCAUCAAGGACAUUGCUGUUCUUGAGGAAUGAUGGGAUGCUAAAGCCAUUAAUAAUAGAGCUCAGUCUGCCUCCAACUCCUCUGGGAAAUGAAAAGCACAGAGUCUUUCUUCCAGCAGAAGAAGGACUGGAAACUGCUCUUUGGCAGCUUGCUAAAGCACAUGUUGCUGCUAAUGACAGUCUUUACCAUCAACUCAUUAGCCAUUGGUUACAUACCCAUGCAGUUGUUGAACCAUUUAUCAUUGCCACCAGAAGACAUCUUAGCGUUAUGCAUCCAAUCCAUCGGAUCUUGAAUCCUCAUUUCAAAGACACCAUACAUAUAAAUGCUUUAGCAAGAUGUAUCUUUAUAAAUGCAGAAGGAAUUCUCGAGAAAACAUUUUUUUCCAGGGAAAUCUCCAUGCGAAUAUCAUCUGAGCUCUACAAAGAGUGGAGAUUCAAUGAACAAGGACUUCCUGCUGAUCUACUCAAAAGGGGUUUGGCCAUAGAAGACCCAGAUGUAAAUAACCCUGCGGGGAUUCAACUUCUUUUGGAGGAUUAUCCAUAUGCCACUGAUGGACUUGAAAUAUGGGUUGCUAUCAAGCAAUGGGUCAACGACUUCUGUUCGUUCUUCUACAAAGAUGAUGAUGCAGUCAAGUCUGAUGUCGAACUCCAGGCUUGGUGGUCAGAGAUUCAAAAUGUUGGCCAUGGCGAUAAGCGCAAUGAAACUUGGUGGAAACAAAUGACUACUCUCCCAAACCUUGUAGAAGCAUUGACAACACUCAUUUGGAUUGCUUCAGCUAUGCAUGCUUCGCUUAACUAUGGACAAUAUGGAUACUGUGGUUACCCACCAGGUCGUCCAACACUAUGCAGACAAUUUAUUCCUGACGAAGGAACAUAUGAAUUUGCUGACUUUAUUAAGGACCCAGAUGAUUUUUUCCUCAAGAUGUUGCCAGGAAGAUUUGAAAUGAGUUUGGUUGUAGCAUUAGUAGAAGUCCUCUCACGACACACUUGUGAUGAAGUGUACUUGGGUUGCCAACUCUCUCCCGAGUGGAUAGACAAUGAUGAGGCUCGAAAGAGAUUUGCACAAUUCAGUGAAGAAUUAAAGAAGAUUCAGACAAGGAUCUUAAAUAGAAACAAUGACCCCAGGCUAAAGAACAGACAUGGCCCUGCAAAAAUGACGUACAAUCUCUUGUACCCUAAUACAACAAGUUCUGGAUCAAAAGGAGUCACGGGAAGAGGCGUACCAAACAGCAUAUCAAUUUAACUGUUUGUAAAUUUAUGUAGAAAAAUAAUUGCUCCUCAUUAACUAAAGGCUAGAAAAAAUAAUAACAGGAGUUGGGAAGUCCAAGAUACCCAACAGAAGUUACCCAA